CCCAAGUACAGUUUCGAACUUGGGGGCGGGAAGGGAAGAGACGGAAGAGAGGUUUGAGUGUUCUACCGUUAUCUUGUGAGUCAGCUGGUAUGACUACGAAUAAUCAAAGCAUGGGAAAGAGAGAGUUCGGAAUAUAGUCGGGCUCGCUGGUGCUGCCGCUGGUUACAAGGAUGAUCUCGGUCUCUGCAUCCGCCCCAACAAGGAAAAUGUUUGCCCAAGUCUUCACUUGUCAGACAACAGAUAUCUACCUUUUUCCAAGUCAUUUGGUCUGCAGAGCCUUGACUUCGACCCUUCUUCGCCUCCACAUACGCUACUCGAUUCACACGCUCGCUCGCACUGCAUUUUCCACUUCCUUCAGUCUCUUUCUCGUUUUCUUCUUCCUUUCUCUCUUCUCCUCCUUCCUCCUCCUUUCUUCUCACACCGUUCUGCUCUUAGUGUUUCUACCAUUCUCGCGUUCUAGAAGACAUUACCUACGAGAACACCCCAUCCUAUCGGACCGCCAUCUGUCGAGGACAUUCUGCUAUUGUUGUGCUGCUGCUGCGGGUGGACAACAGGUCGUAAGAGACGAGGGUUUACAAGAGAAAAUGAAACUUACACGCAAAAAGUCCAAUCCCUGCACCGACGACACGUUCCCAACCACUCAGUUCUUGAUCCUAGCAAUAUGUCGCCUUUCCGAACCGAUCGCCAUCACCGCCAUCUUUCCCUAUGCCUGGCUCAUGGUCAAGACUUUUGGCCUCGGUGAUGCCUCUUUCUACGCCGGCAUCCUCAUCGCCUCCUUCUCUCUGGCCGAGGCCCUGACCAGCAUGUUCUGGGGUGGGCUCUCCGAUCGCCUGGGACGAAAGCCCAUCCUCCUCACGGGCCUCGCCGGCACGGUCGUAUCUCUCCUCGUGGUCGGCUUCUCGACCAACUUUACCGUCGCUUUAUGCGGAAGAAUCAUCGGGGGAGCCCUGAAUGGAAACAUUGGGGUCAUUCAAACCAUGGUGGGAGAAUUGGUCACCAAGCCAGAACAUGAACCCAAAGCAUACGCCGUCAUGCCUUUUGUGUGGUCUAUUGGGUGUAUCAUUGGCCCUGCCAUCGGUGGGUUGCUUGCAAAUCCCGCAAAGUCCUACCCCGACGUCUUUCCCAGUAAUGGUUUAUUUGGUCACUUUCCGUGGCUUCUACCCAAUCUGAUCUGUGCCGUGAUCAUGCUCUUCAGCAUCAUCGUCGGCUCCUUCUGGCUCCAGGAAACUCAUCCCGAGUUUCGUCAAAAAGGUCCUGACGAGGACCCACGUUUCGAUGUCACCGAGCGCACCCCGAUGAUGCUGACCGCUGGCGCAAACGCCGAUGCCGGUACGGAUUUGAGACGAGACUCGUUCGGAACGUUCAACGAAGUUGAGAUCCAGAAAACCCUCCGAUGGAAGAUCAGCGCUCACGGCAGCUCUCGAAGUUCGUCAAUCUCCGACAAAGGAUCUCAAAAAUGGUUUACCAAAAGGGUGGCCAUGCUGACCCUCGCCCUCAGUCUAUACACAUAUCACUCCAUGUGUUAUGACCAUCUCUUGCCCAUCUUUUUCGAGGACAAGCCUGUUGAUCAGGUCUCGGUUUCCUCUCUGGGCGUCCUUCAUAUCCCAGGUGGGCUCGGUAUGUCGACCAAAGAUGUGGGUGUCAUUAUGUCUGUCAAUGGUUUAAUUGCCUUGUUCAUUCAAGCCGUCAUCUUCCCCAUUGCCGCUGAGCGCCUUGGGGUUUGGCGAGUCUUCGUCCUGGUGACGAUUUUGCAUCCCGUGGCAUUCUUCAUUGUGCCUUACCUUGCUCUCCUCCCGCCGAAUCUCCUCUAUCCAGGCAUUUAUUUCUGUCUUACCGUUCGAAACCUUCUCUCCAUUCUCGAUUACCCGGUUCUCCUGAUUCUCCUCAAGCAGGCAAGUCCUUCCCUCUCCACUCUCGGUCGCAUCAAUGGUUUGGCAGCUGCGGCUGGUGCAGCAUGUCGGACGGUAGCACCACCCAUUGCAGGUUUGUUGUACGAAAGGGGUUCCCAGAUUGGUUUUACAGGUUUAGCAUAUUUCGGCGCAGGCGUUGUCGCUAUCGUUGGCGUCGGUCAAUUAUGGUUUGUUCCAAGGGAAAAGUAUACCUCGACCGUGAAGGCAAUCAUUCCGUACAUGGAGAAUACAGAGGAGGCAAUUCAAGAUGUGGUUGACGUUACUGUUAUGGAUGGCGUUGAGGAAGAAGAGGAGGUUUGAAAUAUCAGUCACUGUCGGUCGACAAUAUAUAUGGUUGGCUUUCGGGUCAUAUGAGUUCCACUAUGUUUGGUGUCUGGGAAGAUGAGGAUUUGUUCUUUGUUUGGGGAAGGAUACACAAGCAUGACUGUACAGUAAGAAUUCACGACUCCUUAUGAUCAUGACCUGGGAUAUUUGCGUUGGGAUGGCGUUUUUUCGGUCGAGGGCAGGAAUAUCAGAAAUUGAAGAUCACGAUUAUGAUGGGCGUUUUAAACGCCUUGGAGAUUUCGAGUAUGGCAGUUUGGAGUACAGGAUAAGGAUUGCGGAUAGUGGACCAGGGGCAUAAUACAGACAUGAAAGACGAGGAAGUCUUUGGUACUUUUUUCAUUUUGAGGAAUAAUAAAUCUUUUACAAAGAGAAGUAA